AUGUACAUUGGCCACAGCGUGAAUCGUGAAGGAAACGUGCUUCUUAAAAUACUGUCAGCUAUUAAAAAAAAAAAAAAUCACUAAAUUGAGAACGCAGAAGGACUUAUUCGUUCGAAAGUUUCUAAAACGAACUAUUUACAACGUUAUUGUCUUCUGUUUAGCUUCACAAGUACUGUCUAAAGCUAAAUGUUUUUGCAAAAAUCGCUAACCGCUAGAUUAAAUUCUUACCGCCUGAAACCUCAAUCGCCCGAGCGCCUCUUGUUUUCUGUCUAUAACACGCUGCUUCCGCUGAGCUUCAAGAUGAUAAGCAAUCAUUUUUCGGCUCCCGAUUGCCUUCCCGUAGGACUUAAGUAGAAAAUGUGGGCACUGUAAAGUAGCUUUUAUUAAUGCGACGCCUUGAACAGGUUACUUACAAAAACGUUAAGGCUCUGCCUGUUAAGGUCUCGUGGGACGUGCCAGCCAUAGAAAGAAUACCGCGCCGCGCUAAUAAACGAGAUUAAAGGCUUCUCUCUAAGGCGUAGAAUGAAAACUUUUGUUUACAAAAACCCGAUUGAAAAAUACAUUAGACAAAGCACUUAGUUUGCAUACAAACAAGCCCUUUGUGCUUCUCUAAGAGCUCAUGUACAUUAAAUCACGAAGUUGAUGUUUUUAGUGUAAAAAUACACACCCGCGAGUGGCAGGAGAAAAAGUUGAAUCCUUACACACAAAUUUUUUGGGAGAAAUUAAAAUGAUUCAAAUAUUUUUGUGUAUAAACACAUUGUAUAAUGAACUCGCUUGAUAUGUUUACAUUACGCUAGAAAGCCAUUGACUUGUUCACAAACCAAGCAAUGGCCUCCCAAGAGAGAAAGCCCUUAAAAUAAUUACUUAUGGAACAAUCGAGUGCAAACAAAGUGUUAACAAGACCUGUCCGUGACUUCUGAAGUCAAAGAUCUGGGAUUUUGCAAUCCUUUCGCCAAUUACAAAAGGUUCGAAAACGCGAUCUUUUAAGCGCUGCUGUACAUGAUUAAACGAAUGUUUUUGGCCUGAUAAUGUAUCACGAGGCUUACCACCAAGAGGCACAGAGAAGACAGAGAGUUAUUGACAGAAAACACCUUGCUUUGGAGCGGCUUAAAGAACAAUACACCCGUCAGCUUCAGGAACUAGGCAAGAAUCAAAAGACAAAAGAAAAACAAACCGGGAAAGACGAGAGGACUGGAACUAGAGCUGGGACACGCUCUGGCACGCGUUCGCAAACGCGCGCCACCACGCGCGAGGUGCACUCGCGUGACACCCUCUGGCUUCCAGACAUUUGUCAAACCACAACUGGCAGAACGUACUACCAGCUGUUUCCGCCAAAACCGAAGCCACUGCACCAAUGGCGUGACUUGAAGAACCGCAUUAGACACGACUACAACCUGGUGCCACUACCAUAUAAGGAAGAGGACGUGGUCAAAAGAUAGCU